AUGAAACUCUAUGCUUCCCAGCAUUCCCAUGCACUGGAGCAGCUCGAGACACUGGCUGCCUCGGGAGGUACAGAAGACCACUGGAGCCCCAGCGAGGGAACCAGUGAACGCCUGGGCUCUGUGCUACCACCGCCACAUGAGAACACCCCUUCGCACAGUUUAACCCGGCGCCUGUCAUUCCCGACGAAAGGAACCGCCGGCGUUUCAGCUGGACUGGGACCCAAGAAGUUGGCGCGCGUCUGGUCGUGGCCCUGUGUGUGCGGAGGAUUGCUGGCAUUGCUGCUGCUCGCGGCCGUGCUGGUGUUUGUGGCGUUCUCGAUGCCAAACCCGGAUGUUAUCCAGCCUCCCCGCCUCUGCACGUCCACCGACUGCGCUGAUCACGCGACCGCGCUGGGUGUCGGGAAGUACAGUGAAGAAGGUACAAGAGACCAGACUGACCCCUGUCUGGACUUCGGCGCGUUUGUGUGCUCGGCAGCCCCUAUUCGGCACCCUUGGUCGAGGCUGCCGCUGAUAACGCAGCUGCUGUUUGACUACGCCACGCAGUUGGGUCGACGGGUGUCAUCUGUGGCCGUGCUCGCCAAAGCCACCAUGGCCAUGCGCACCUGCCUGGACAGUUCCACACGAAGCGACGGCGACGUGGAACGCCUGCUCGAGUUCAUGGAUGGCCGCAGUUUCGACUGGCCAAUAGACGAAGGCGCCCUGGGUGAUCCGUCCGACUACAGCAGGCCACUCAAGGUCUUCAUCCGCGCGUAAAACUCCACAUCGCCAGUAUCACGCGACAAUGCAGGGCAAUUAGAAGAAACGGGAUCUACUUUCCCCUGCCCUAAUUUUCUACAUUAGUUCCUUGCGAAAUUUUCCGCGUAAUAGCCUUUAUUAAAGUGUUCAUUUGCCUAGCUAAUAGUUAACUUUCGAACCCAGAAGACUAAACACAGCGAAUCGCUUUGACCCACGAAUUAGAAGACUCGCCUGCUCACAGCUUUCUACACUUGCAGGAAAAGACACAAAACGAGCACUCCAGCUGUAAACUGUGCUCUGUCCACGAGCACUUACCGCAUAAACUCAUAUAAUGUGUGAUGCACUCGUAAAACAAUCUAAUUUGAUGGCCCCGAUAUUAUGGGCAUGUUGCCUCCUUACAAAUUAAAUCAUCGUGCUAAUAACUAUUUAUGUUUUAUAGGAGCACAACUCAGCCAUUAUAAAACAAGCAACUCUGC